GGGGUAUCUAGUUAAUACGCUUCCGCAGCUGCUGUGUGCGUUGAUGUCCUUGAGAUGUACUUUAGUGUCCACCAAAAGUACUUGAUAUGGGAUAUUGUAGUGUGGCGUUAUUUCAAUCUCAAGGCUGUAUAUACUGCGGACAUGUGUUUGAUAUGAAUGGUGGCUUAUAUGACGAUUCUGAUGAUGAGUAUUAUGACUGUCAGUCAGAAGCCUCUCCACGAGACAAAGGCUCUGGUGAAGUUUUUGUCGAUCCGAAAAAGGCCUAUUUGAAGUUACGUGGCAUUAAGGGUGCCAGGCUGAAACUAUUCUCUAAUCACGUUGAUGCUAACAAAUACGCAAGCACACCAGUUGAUGAAGACAAGUUCAUUAGUCAGUAUCCUCCUUCGCCAAAACCUGACGUAGAAAGCAGUCCGUACCCUAGUGUUAGCCAACAAACUCUCAUUCGUUUUCGUUCACUAGUCAACAGUGGGAAUAUUGAUGAUGUUAAACGAAUGAUUGAUGAAAAUCCAAUGGUCCUGGUGACGUCAAGUGAUACACCGACAAUAUUGCAGAUACGCUUUCGAUACAAUGCACUGCAUGUAAUUGCUGCAAAUGGAAAUGUUGGUUUACUUCGACUUCUUUUGGAUUAUUUUGAUUGUGAAAAAUUUUGGCAACGUCUUUAUCCAAAUGCUACCAAAGAAGCAUCUUAUUGGCGUCAACAAUAUGUACUGGAUUUAUAUUUGAAUAGUCCUGAACUUGGAAACUAUGAAACUCCCCUACAUUUCGCUAGCAAAUAUGGACAUGUUGACUGUGUUUCAAUUCUUGCUCGACAUCCUUUAACAAAAAUUAAUCUUGUGAAUGUUACAGGUCAGACACCUGCAGAUGUAGCUGCUAGUCGUUUAAUAAAUCAGAAAGGAAUGUCUCUUUCCUGUACAGAUUCCUAUCAUAAUUUAGCUGAUAGAAUACGACAAGCUUUGAAUGAAAGUUAUAUUGUACUCGCAGAUAUUAAAAACUUAAAGUCAACUAUAAUUCAAACAAAAAUUUUACCACCUUUAGAUACACGUAAAUUUCAAGCCUUAUUGAGUCAUUUUGCAUUGAAUUCUUGUAAAACAUUUACCAAUACAACUACAGUCAAACCAUAUUGUUGUAUACAUAACUUUUCAGAGCAUAGUAAUUAUCAUUCUAGAAAAUAUAUUGAGAAUUAUACUUAUACUGAUGAUUUCCUAACAUAUUUUGAGUGUGAAGGUCAAUUGCAUCGAUUACGAGGCUUCUCAGGACCGAUGUCAUUAGAUAAAGCUGUUCAAUUUCGAAAGAAAUGGCUUCAAUACAAUAUGCCUAAUUCUGUUCAUUGUAAACCUUUUGCAUGUUUACGUUUGACUGAUGCUGAAAGAGGAUAUGAACGUCAGGGGAGGUAUUUAUCCCAUGUUUUUAAAACAAAAUGGUAUGAAUAUUGGGAAUUUUUAGAUGAUUAUAUUGAUUUAAGUUCUGAAGAUGGUUUGUCAGCUUUAGAAAAUUAUUUAUCCAACUAUCCUUCAUUGAACAUUGAACAUUUUUCACAGUUGAAUCAUAAUCAUGAAGAUUAUUUGAACAAUAUUACCAGCAGGGAUAGUAGUGAUUGUGGUAGUAGUAGUGACAACAAUAUGCUUGAUAUUUCAAAGGAUUCAAAUCAAAUCAGCUAUUUACUUACACCUACAUCUGCUUUACUUUUUGGUCCUAAUAGUAAUAAUAAUAAUGAUAAUAAUAGUAUUCAUGAUAAUGAUGUGUUCACUCCUGAAACACCAAUAAUACGACUAAAAUCCAAGUCUAACAACAAUACUAAAGAUGAAUUUAGUAAAUCAAUCAAUCAACAUUGGCUGUCAUAUCGUCAAGAUAGAGGAUGUAUUCAUGAAUUGAAUGAUAGUUUAGAAGAGAGUUUCGAUAAAUCAGACUCAAGUAUUCCUUAUCAUGAAGAAAAAUCAGACGGUGGUGAUACUUCAACAAACAGAAUUGUUGCAGUAAGUCCUAUUGUUGGCCUUUUAAAGCGUUUAACUUUCAUAAGUCCAACUUAUUGGUUGAAAAGAAGCAAUCACAAUGAUGAAAAUGACAAGAUAUCUUCAAAUAAUUCACUUACAACCGAUUAUAGCAUAGCUGUUAAUGAAUCAGAUGAAAUAUAUCUAAAUCAGGCUUAUCGAAUAAACGUAGAAUAUCAAAAACAAGUAUCCAGCAUAUAUAUUCUUCGUCUGAUGAACCUAAUAUAAAAAAACAUUCCCCUGAUAAAUCUAAAUCAAAGUUAACCUGUAACAAUAAAAUCACAUAUAUACCAUAUUAUUUCAUUGAUAUUUAUAGAGCACUACCUGGAAAUGAAGAUGAAUUAAUGAAAAGCUUUAUACUAUCAGAUUUAUCAUCAUUUCAAAAUGAUACUUCAUCAUCUCUGUUAACAGAGAUGGUAAAAUUUCCUAGAUGUAGUCAAUUUAGUGAAUACAUUCAUUCCUUACUUCAAAAGUCUUCAUAAAAUUUACACUUUUAACAUUUUGAAAACAAGAUUUAUCACAUAUAAAUAUAUUUUUGCAGAGUUUAUUCAAUUCAUAUUCUAUGUACACACACACACAGAGACAUACAUGUAUAUUUCCUCAUAACAGAUAACCGGUUUUAAUGUUGUCAUACAUAUAUAUAUAUAUUUCACAGAUUUAUUUAUUCAUUUGUUAUAUAUUCAACGUCGUUGGAUUCUGAGUAGAAAAAAUGCUUCAUAUGAAUGAAAUAUCAGAUGUGUUCUCACCCUCCAAACAAGAUCGAAUAAGAAAAGCAUUACUUCAUGCACUAGGCUAUUACGUGACAGUAACAUUCCUCUGUUUGUAGGGUUCAGAAUGAAGUAAGUUGUCUAGUGUCUUCACUUAAAUAUAUCGCUAAAAGACAAGAAAAGAAGGGGGAAAGCUUUAGGACAUGUAUGUAAUUACAUUGGAUAUGUAAUUGUACAACAAAAUUAUUAUUAUUGUAUUAUUAUUUGUCCCUUGGGCUCCUAGUGGAACAUACGGCUUUGGUAGCACGUCUCCACUCCACUCUCUUAAAUCUUUUGAACCUGGCUACACGACUGCCCAGAAGCUCUCAUUUCUUCCUCACAUCACAGACGCCCAAUUCGUCGUUUCUCAUCUGGGUUCCACUCCACGACCUGGGGCGUGAUGUCCCCGAAUGGUCACAGUGCAUGCCCAAUCCAUCUACACUUCCUUCUGCAUAUUUGUUCAGCGAUAGGUUCUUGGUUGGUUCGUCGGCUAGCCAGAGUUCUUUGUUGCUUAUUCUUUCUGGCCAUCCGAGCUUCAGUAACAAGCGUAGGCUUCUCAUCUCUUAUGCAAUGUGGGCAGCCUUGCUAGGUUCAAACAUAGUGCAGACAUUCCAUGUCCCUAUCCUUACUUUCACUUUCAUCGAGAGAAGACACAUCGGCCAGUUGGCUUCCCGAAGGCUUUCACCAAUCGGCGUCAUUUGAACACACGAUCCGUUACUUGAAGGUCUAAUGCUUAUUCUUUCUGAUCUUCAGUAACGAGCCAGCGUAGGCACUUGUUGAUGAAUGUCUGCAGUUUGUUGGAAAUGCCUUUCGUAACGUUCCAAGUCUCUGAACCAUAUAGAAGCACUGACUUGACGUUGGUGUUGAAAAUCCGGAUGUCGGUCCACAUGCUGAGUGCAGGAGAUCUCCACACUGGUUUCAGGCUAAUCAACGCCUGUCUUGCUGUCUUUCCCAUCCUGGCUGCCUUCGACGUCCUCGUCUGUGCCGCCGCCUGUAGUUGAAACGAUGCUGCCUGCCUAGAUAGAUGAAAGAGGCUACUUCCUUUAAGUUUUUCCUGUUCAUGGUGAUUGCAGCUUGUUGUUAGUGGCGUUGGUUGGAUAUCUUCAUCACCUGUUUUCUCUACGUUCACUUGAAGUCCAGUCUUGUUGCCCUGCCUUUUCUGUCAACUUGUUAGUUUUCGCCUGUAGAUCUUCGAGUUUGUGCGACAUUAGACACAAGUCAUCGGCGAAAUUCAGAUCUUCUGGGAUCUUAUCCCCGAACCAGCGUAUCACCCUCUUCUCGCUCCUCAGUGUUUGCUGCUUGAUCCAAUCGACCACAAUCAGGAAUAUCAUGGGUGAUAGUGGACAGCCUUGUCUUACUUCUGUCCCCUGUCUUCACUUCAAAGGCGUCACUGAGCUUUCCGUUGUGAAUUACUUGACAUUUGGCGUCUUCAUACAGUUGUUGAAUGAGGUUGAUAAAGGUUUGCGGUAUUCCAUAGCGUUGGAGCAGUUGCCAAAUUAAUUGUCGGUCGAUGCUGUCGAAGGCCUUCUUAAAGUCGAUGAAGUUGAGGUAGAGAGUUGACUGCCAUUCUAUAUUCUUCUAUGAUGAUGCGUAGCGUUGCAAUUUGGUCCGCACAUGAUUUGUACUUCCUGAAUCCAGCCAGUUAGCCUGUUCCGGUCGUAGUUUUGAAUACAGUGCAUCCAUCGGUCUCUCCAGGAUGAUGCGGCUUAAUAUUUUGCUUGGGGCGGACAGGAGCGUGAUUCCGCGCCAGUUCUUGCAAAGACUUAGGUCUCCCUUCUUCGGGAGUCUGACAGUGUAGCCCUUCUUCCAAUCUGCAGGUACCUUUCCUUCCUUCCAGACCUUCUGCAUUGGUGGUGUGGGCAUGUCCGCUGUUGUCUCUGCGUCUGCUCUCAGUGCUUCUGACGGGAUUCCAUCUGGUCCUGCUGCUUUCCCGCAUUACAAUAAAAUGAUGAAUACUCUUUAUUCUUGCUAAGUGAACUAUUUAUUUUCUAGGAUGAGCAAUAUACACUUCACAUACAUCUCAUUUCGACAAAUUGACUCUAGUUUUCAUAUUUGGUUUCAACCAUCACAUGCUUAGUGUUUCAUAUAUAAACAGCUGCAUCCAUGUAGGAGGGGUGUGUGAUCUUAGUGUGAAAUAACGUAUGACUAGGGCAACUUAUCGAUAAAACAGGAUUUGAAAAGUAGUAUAAUAAAACUUAUGGUAGAUGAACCCUGUUGAAAAGGUGCUUUGAUAAAGCAAGUAUUCAACUUCGUAAUCAAACUGGAGACAGACAAAAUCAACGUAGAAUAUCGCAUAUAUCGGCUCAAGUUGUCACACUUCAUAGUCGUACACAAAGAAGAGAUGGAUAGACAAAGUAGUAUGAGAGAUAAAGGUUAGUGCAAAUAUCCAAGCUUUAGAAGACGUCAAAGAGUGAAUAUCUAUGCGCCAUUGUGACCGAUUUUCAGCUAUGUCACCAAGAGUUUUCAACCAAUGAUUUCUUGCGUCUCAGAGACUAUAAUCAGGUAGUUUACACCUUUCCACAUGGCUUGGAACAAAAGUCAGAGACUGGUAUAACGUCUUAGUGUAGCCACCCUGAUCUCUCUUUCAACCUCACCUGGAAUUGCACAUCGAAGUAGGCAGUGGUAGCUCGAGAUGCGCAGUACAUCUUCAAGCCACCUACCUUGUCAGCUAAUGAAAGUUCAUAAUCCCACCAAUGAACAUUGCCUAUUUUGUCAAAAUUAUCAUCACUGCGUAAUCUAUUUCUUUAUAAUGAACGGUACAACGAGAACGGAGUACAUAUUCAAACAGAUGAGAGAAAAAAAUAAACAGCAUACAUAAGAAAUAAUUAAAGCCUAAUUAGUUGCUGUGGAGAUAUAAAUAAUGACUUUGGGUUUAGUUUCAAUAUAAACGAUGAUAUGACCUUAGGACAGUAUCAUUUUGCCAAAAACUCUACAGAUGUAUACUGCUGCUGGUUAGUUAUGUAGACACUUGACAUGUAAACAGUAAGUCAUGGUUUUGAGUGCUAUUCCGUUCACUGAAAUGUGAACCACUGAGUAAAAUUACUAAUCCCUAUACAAAAGGUACGGCUUAUUUAAUGGCAUAAACUUAGUUCGUUUAUAUUACAAUACAACCUGUCCUUGGAAUUAAAGACGCUUUGUGGCUGGCUAUCUACACUGAUGUAUAACCGUUGACACUAUGAUGUUCUCAAUAUGAAUGCGGAAUUCUUAACUAUUACCUUAGUUACUAGGUCACCGAUUCUGGUGGUUAGUAGAUUAUACGAUUCCGGGAUGUAUAUACUAGACUGUUCUCUGUAAUCCUUACGGACAAUUUCAAAGCCCAUUAAAAACUGUCUUCAUAUUAAAAUCGAAUGUAAAAAAGAAACUGGAUGUGUUCUGUUACUACCUUUAAGAUAGUUACAAAUACAAGCGCAAUGAUCAGUUUGUCUGUUGGAAAUAAACAACACAAUACUUUAGGAAUCCAUUUGGCACUGAACUUGCAUUUGAAGAAUGGACGAGACGAUAAGCGUAUAAGAAAGGCAGUGUUAGCUUACAACUGCAAGAUUGUUUAUAAUCAAAUAUCAGAGCACUUUUUAUCUAUAUCUAAGCAACACGACUAACAUGCUUUCCUGUUUAACGAAACUUCUCACUACGAGAAGCUAUUUUACAUGCUUGGGCAUUGAACUAUAUAGCGAAAAAUCUAGGUUUGUUCUCCAAGCCCAAUUAGAAUGAUUAAUCAGAUGCUCCUACGAUAAAAUCUGGGAAUUGAUUCCUGUAGAAGUGAGAGUACAGUGAAGCAGGUUGGGGAUAAAUUAGUCACGUGGCCACCAGGUACUCGAGCACCAUCAGAUAUGUUGCAGGUUAACAAAUCUUGUAUUCCUCAAUAUUAAGCCUGCUUAAGAUUACCUUAGACCGGGAUGUCCCUGAGGAGUUUUUUAACAUCUUGAUAACCCUAUACUUUAACACCUCAAGUAGCGGAAGCUUGAAGCUACCUAUAUCCAUUGUUUCAAACCAACAGGGCUCGGAUCCACCGUUCCUCUCUUCGCCAUUGAUGAAAUUCUCGAGAUAGCCUUGACGGAAGUGCACGGUGGUAGUGUAGACUCCUUAUCACGAGGAAGACUUUCUAACCUCGAGUAUGCGGAUGAAAUUGGUUUACAGUGUGACAGCAAAUACGCUACUCAAUCAGUGUUCGAAAGUAUGGCAUGUGCCUUGCACCAGCAAACGGGUUUUACAAGAUUACUAGGAGCUUGUGCCAGCACUCACUUUUGUUGGUGAAUCCCUGAGGUAGUUAAAAAGUUUUUAUACCUCGGUAGUUGUGUGCCUGGUGAGGAAGGAGUAAGCGAUACGAUCUCUAACCACGUGUACGAAACCAGAGUAACAUACCAAUCCGUCACUUUUGGCGCCAUCGUUAUGCUAGCCCUCCUCCAAAACGUUUAGUUUACAGUGUACUGAUAUGGGCAUUUCCGUUCUACUCUUGUGAGACCUAGCCGUAACAAGCUGAGGAUGUCCGACAAAUCAGCGUUUUCGAUUACCUUUUUCUUCGCAGUAUCGCUCGCAUUCGGUGGAAACACCAUUUAAGUAGUCAUGAGGUGGCAUGUGUUCGGGCGAGAUUGAAGUGGUCAUUUCUUGGGUGUCAUCUUGAAAUACUAACUUCUGUGGUUUGGACAUGUAUUACGCAUAUCAUCUUGGUGGUUCCGACACCGCUCGCUUUGGAACUGAGUAGAAGAAAGCGAAGGUGACCAGUGUAUGGUGUGGCGCAGUGGGAUGAAAGAUAUUUGUUAAGUUAGCAUUUUUAGGUCCCUUGUGACCUCGUGCAUAGGGUCUGAGAAAUCAUGUAACUCAAUCUAGGACGAUAGCAGAUACGACCCACAAUGGGAAAUAAUGGCGAUCGUUCUGCAGUUUUCUUGGUUCUUCUACUACUUAAGCGUAAAAUGAAGGUGGUGAAUGCUUAUUCAAAUGCAUUUUCACAACUCCUUCUUUAAAAUAACCAACUACUGCUUUUGCAUCCAUCCUCCAUUCCGUCUUCUUUAUCUUCAUAAUUUUACUUUGUUAUUUUGCAUAGUGCCGGUUUUGCAUCGAGUUUGUGUUCUAGCGAACAAACCGUAAUAUUAAAUUUUACAUUACAAUCGCUCCCAACAGGAUUUAACAGUUUUUGCUUUCUAUAAAGUGACAUGAAUUAUAGAAGGCUUUAAGAAAAAUGAAACCCCGGCUGAUGAUUUCUGGGCAUUACAACCCAUGUAUAGGGUUUCUGAGUAGGAUAUGAUUAGGGUAUCGUAUCC